AUGCUUACUUCUGUAGUAAUAGUAGUUGUAGUAGUAGUAGUAGCAGUAGGAGUAGUCAUAGUAGUUGUAACAUUAGUUGUAAUCAUAUCAGUAGUAGAAGUAACAUUAGUAAUUUUAGUAGCAGCAGUAGUAGUGAUAGUAGUAGUCAUAAUAGUCACAGUAAUGGUAGUUGUAGUAUUUGUAGCAGUAGUAGUAGUUAGUAGUAACAGCAGUACUAGCAGUAGUAGUAGUUGUAGUAUUGGUAGUAGUAGUAGUAGUCGUAGUCAUAGUAGUAACAGCAGUACUAGCAGUAGUAGUAGAUGUAGUUGUAGUCAUAGUAGUAAUAGUAGCAGUAGUAGUUGUAGCAGUACUAGUGAUAGUAGUGGUAUUAGAAGUCAUAGUAGUAAUAGCAGUAGUAGCAGCACUAGUAGUAUUAGUUAUCAUAGUAGUAACAGCAGUAGUAGUAGCAGUAACAUUAGUAAUAUUAUUAGCAGCAGUAGUAGUAAUAGUAGUCAUAGUAAUGGUAGUAGUGGUAGUAGUAGUAGUUGUAGCAGUAGUAGUAGUCAUAGUAGCAACAACAAUACUAGUAGUAGUAGUUAUAGUACUGGUAAUAGUAGUAGUUGUAGUUGUAGUGGUAAUAACAAAAUAGUUGUUGUAGAAGUAGUAGUGGUAAUAGUGGUAUUAGAAGUCAUAGUAGUAAUAGCAGUUGUAGCAGCACUAUCAGUAGUAGUCAUCGUAGUAGUAACAGCAGUAGUAGUAGCAACAGUAGUGGUAGUAGUUGUGUAG